AACUUUGUUGUGUUAAUGAGAAACUGUAGGAACCUGAACAGCCAUUUUAAAUCAUUCAGACUUUGCAUGAGGAUUGUCUCUUUAUAUGUGCACAUAUAUAUCAUUGUGCUAAAUAAACCUUACCGUGCUUGUUAGCUUUGGAGGGUUGCCUUUCAAUUAUUUCUGAGAUUUCAUGGAAGAAUGGCAGCAAUGCAGCUUGGAUUUUUACUUGUUCCAUUUUUUGUAUGCUUCAGAAUAGAAGCACAAUAUAUUAUGCAAGAUGCUGAACUUGUGCAUUAUAUAGAUCGACGAAUUAUCUCAAUGGAGGUAGCAGCAGCUGUGGGAGGCUCUGCCCACCCGCCCAGAUGUUAUCACAUCCCGUUUUUGAUGCUCUGUGCAUGCGCGAAGGCCCUGUGCAUGCAUAGAGGUGGCCCGUGUGCUCACAUUUGCGAACCAGUAGCGAAGAACCGACUGAACAAAUGCAAUCAAGAUAUAACUGAUUACGUAGAAGAAUUCCGGCAGUUUUCAAAGAAGCUGAUGUCACAUCUAGAAGGCCUCAACGUUCUAAAGACUGUGCUGAAGAAUGAUGUAGACCAUUUGCUAACAAGAGUGGAAAGAGCUCAGAGAGACAUCGACUACUUUGAAUCUGCAAAGGAAUCCCCCAGCCCAUGUGUGGACAUCGAUGAAGAGCUUUUGGAGCAGCAGUUAACAGAAGAACAAGAAUCCAAGACAAAGAUCAAGCUCAUGCUGAAUGCAAGCUGCAACUACAUGAUUACAGGCUUCAAAUCGCUGAAGAUAGUCAAAAAGUCUGGAGAUGCAAUUGGCUCAUGGUUGAAAGACCCUGGCAAGAAUUACCAAAAGAUUUAUUUCUUCACCGGAACAAAGAAUAAAAUUGUUAUGGAGUUUGCAAAUAUUCGAUCUUUUGCAGAAAGUGGUGAGAAACAGCUGGCUCGUAGAGUUGCGCUACCAUUUCCCUGGCAAGGAACAGGCCAUGCUAUAUAUAAUGGAUUUUUAUUUUAUCAUAAAUAUGGCUCCUUAAAUGAGAUAAUUAAGUUUGAUAUUCAGAACAGAAAUGCAACUGAUCAGAUGCUGUUGUCGGGUGCUGGAGAGAUACCUGCCUACGAACUUCACCCUUCUACUAAAAUAGACUUAGCUGUGGAUGAACUAGGAUUAUGGGCAAUCCAUGCAGAACCAGAUACAGCUGGAAAGCUUGUGAUUACUAAAAUCAACCAUGAAACCAUGACUGUGGAAUAUACAUGGGAUACAUCCUGCAGAAGCCAGAAUGCAGAAGCUGCUUUCAUGAUGUGUGGUGCUCUCUAUGUUGUAUACAACUCACCAGGGCGUGGUGUCUCUCAAAUAGAAUGUAUUUAUGACACCUUAGAUGUCAUCAGUCCGUAUGAAAACACAGUACUUCGUUUCCCCAAACGUCAGUCAAAUCAUGCUAUGGUUCAUUAUAAUCACAGAGACAAACAACUCUUUGCCUGGGAUGAUGGCUCUCAGGUCAUUUACAAGCUCAUUACAAGUCAAAAAAGUUAAAAAAAAAAAAAAGAACAGAAUGUCCUCUGCACCAGCCUAACAACUACUACUACUUCUUCUUCUUCUUCUUCUUCUUCUUCUUCUUCUUCUUCUUCUUCUUCUUCUUCUUCUUCUUCUUCUUCUUCUUCUUCUUCUUCUUCUUCUUCUUCUUCUUCUUCUUCUUCUCUCCCUCUUCCCCUGCCCCCUAAAGUUUAUGGCAGUGAUAGCGAACCUUUUCGGCAAUGAGUGCCCAAAAAAUGGGACACGCGCACUGGAAACCCAAAGACCAGCUGGCCAGCGUGCAUGCAUGCGCUAGAAACCAGAAGAGCAGGUGGCGACGGCAGACAUGUCCAAAGAAAGGGCUCUGCAUGCCACCUUUGGCACGCGUGCCCAGUGGUUGGAUUCAAAUAAUUUAACAACCGGUUCUCUGCCCUAAUGAUUUCUUCCAGCAACCAGUUCGCCAAACUGCUCAGAAAGUUAACAACCGGUUCUCCCGAGGUGGUGCAAAUUGGCUGAAUCCCACCACUGCGCGUGCCAUAGGUUCACCGUCAUAGGUUUAUGGGUAGUUUAUAAUUUGUUGUUUUUGUAAGAAGAUGUCUCAGCCCUAUCUGACAUCUAGGGGAGCUGUUGAGUUAAAGAAAGGGUUAGUUACUUCAUACAGAAAAGAGGUGUCUUUUCAGUGCAGCACCUUGGAUUACUUCAUAUCAGGAUCUAAGAGACCAUUUACUGCUUAUAAAAAAUGAGGGUGUCUUCAGAGAAAAAUGAGGAGUGGGAAAGAAACAAAAAGCAUCAUUGUUUUUCAAUUCUAGGAGUCUAGAGAAGAAGAAAAAAAGAGUACCUGCACUUUUAUUCAAAUGUAAAAUAUAGGAUGCUUGAU